GAUUUCUCCUAUACGACUUAUACGAGCUCAAGCAUCCGCGUUCGUCAUUUCAGAAUUUACAUAUUCUUCUUUGCGUGUGUUUUUCCAACAUACGCUCAUCUCAAAUUCAGUGUUUCCCGUUCUACCGACUACUAACCAGAACGUAGAAUUUCACGGAACAUCUCGCCGCACCAUCUUUCACCCUGUGCUCGACUUGAAUCCGUCAUCACUCUCUUCAAAAAUUCGUUUUAUUACUUCUCAAUCGCCGGUUCUCAAAUAAGAAUACAAAAAAUGGCUCUUCCAUCCCUUGUUUUUGUGCGGAACUUUGCAUCUAAUGUCAUCCAAAAUAUCACCGUGGUCGGAGGGGGUUUAAUGGGCUCAGGCAUUGCUCAGGUGGCGGCUCAAGCAGGAAACUCUGUGACACUAGUUGACGUCAAUGAUGAUCUCUUGAAGAAAACCAGUCAGAGGAUUGAGACAAGUAUUCAAAGAGUAGCCAAAAAAGUUUACAAGGAGAAACCUGAGGAUGGAGAAAAGUUCAUCACUGAGUCACUGAAAAAAAUUACUUACUCAACUGAUAUACCUGCAUCUGUCACGAAAGCAGACUUAGUUGUAGAGGCUAUUGUAGAAAAGAUGGAUAUCAAACACAAGCUAUUCUCAAGCAUUGACAAAGUUGCUCCAGAACACACAAUUUUUGCCUCCAAUACCUCAUCUCUAUCAAUCACAGAAAUUGCAUCUGUUACCAACCGCAAGGAUAGGUUUGGAGGUCUUCAUUUCUUCAACCCAGUUCCUGUGAUGAAGCUACUAGAGGUAAUCAGAACUAAUGAAACAUCUGAUGAAACAUAUCAGAAAAUGAUGGCAUGGGGUAAAGCCAUCGGUAAAGUCACUAUUACUUGCAAAGACACCCCAGGCUUUGUCGUCAACCGUCUUCUUGUUCCCAUUCUUCUUGAAGCUAUCCGAAUGUAUGAACGAGGUGAUGCCUCUGCUAGAGAUAUCGACAUUGCAUUGAAAUUAGGAGCUGGACACCCAAUGGGCCCACUAGAGUUAGCUGAUUAUGUUGGCCUUGAUACUAACAAGAAUAUCGUUGAUGGUUGGCAUGCCAAGUUUCCAGACAACCCUCUCUUUAAGCCAAUUGACACUUUGAACAAGUUGGUAGCUGAAGGAAAAUUGGGAGUUAAAACUGGUGAAGGUUUCUACAAGUAUGAGAAAAAAUAGUCUGAGGUCAAAGAAAGGUUGAGAAUCAUUUUAUGUAUCUGUUCUUAAUGGUGAAAGUGGAAUUAUGGUAAGCAUCAAUAUAGUAUUACAAAUAAGAGACUGAAUUUCAGCAAAGUUUUAGCCGUGUUGUUUUUAAGUAAAUUGUUAUCUAAGUUUGUUUCAUAUUUACGACAGAAAUUUUCUGUGAUUUUUUCGCUUCUAAACAAGAAAAAAGUCAGUUUUAAUAUUUAUAUUUUUAUACUAGAAUAAAUUUAUUUUAAAAAAA